AUGCGCACCUCUACCCUCCUCGCCACUGUCUCCGCCCUGGCCCUUACCGCCACCGCAGCGCCCGCCUUGACCUCCCCAUCCAACCAAAUGAACCCCCUCCUCAAGGAACGCCAACAAUGCGGGACCAUCUACCCCAACCUCCGCAACUCCCCCACCACCCCCCCUCCCUACCAAGUCUUCAUCUCCUCCGCCGACGCCUCCGGUAUCGAGAUCGGCUUUUCCAUUCCCUCCUCAGUCGUCUCCGCCGGCACCGGACCCUGCGAGCUGGUCCUCGACCUGUCUUCUUCCCAAGCUGCUGUCUACGGAUCAGCACAGGUCAAUGUUUACGCUCUUGACGGCCCAGAUGCGAAUGCUUUGGUCGGCACGACUCAGUUCUACCAGGGGAGCAAGGCUAGCAUCAGCAGCUGGGCUUGCAGAGAGCAGAUGUGCUUCAGACUGGAGGUUGCGGAGGAGUCGGAGGGGAAGCAGGUCAGCUUUGAGGAGGUGGCUGUCCAGGGAGCGGGUUUCUGGAUGAAGUAUGGCUGCUAG